AUGUGGAGGCUUAGGAUCGGAGCUGAGGCUGGACAAGACCCUCACUUGUUCAGCACCAACAACUACCUCGGGAGGCAGAUUUGGGAAUUUGAUGCCUAUGCAGGCUCUCCAGAGGAACUCGCCGAGGUCGAGGAGGCUCGCCGGAAUUUCUCUGAUAACCGGUCACAUUUCAAAGCUAGUGCUGAUCUCCUUUGGCGUAUGCAGUUUCUGAGGGAGAAGAAGUUCAAACAGAAGAUUCCACGAGUGAGAAUAGAGGACGCAGAGAAAAUAACAUAUGAAGACGCAAAGACGACUCUAAGAAGAGGGUUACUCUAUAUGGCGGCAUUGCAAGCUGAUGAUGGACAUUGGCCUGCUGAAAACUCUGGUUGCAUGUUCUUUAUUGCCCCCUUUGUCAUAUGCUUGUAUAUCACUGGCCACCUGGAUAAAAUCUUCUCUCAAGAGCAUCGGAAAGAGAUGCUGCGUUACAUGUACAACCAUCAGAACGAAGAUGGUGGGUGGGGGAUACACGUAGAAAGCCACAGUUUUAUGUUCUGCACGGUACUCAACUAUAUUUGCCUAAGAAUAUUUGGAGUAGAAGCAGAUCAUGAUGGUGAAAAAAGUGCUUGCGCAAGGGCUCGUAAAUGGAUAUUAGAGCACGGUGGUGCUACCUAUACGCCAUUGUUCGGAAAAGCUUGGCUUUCGGUUCUUGGAGUGUAUGAUUGGUCUGGCUGCAAACCUAUACCGCCUGAGUUCUGGCUCAUUCCUUCUUCUUCUCCUAUUAAUGGAGGCACUCUAUGGAUUUAUUUGCGGGAUGUUUUCAUGGGUUUAUCAUACUUGUAUGGUAAAAAAUUUGUAGCUGCACCAACACAUCUCAUUCUAGAGCUCCGUGAAGAGAUUUAUCCUCAGCCUUACGUGAGAAUCGUUUGGAGCCAAGCUCGUAAUCGAUGCGCAAAGGAAGAUCUCUACUUUCCACAAUCAUUUGUACAAGACUGGUUUUGGAAAAUUGUUCAUAUGUUGUCGGAAAAUAUCUUCAACCUUUGGCCUUUCAGUAAAUUUAUAAGGCAAAAAGCUCUCCAGAAAACUAUGGAACUCAUUCACUACCAUGACCAAGCCACUCGGUACAUUACCGGUGGAGCUAUCCCAAAGCCAUUUCACAUGCUUGCUUGUUGGGUUGAAGAUUCAGAGAGUGAUUAUUAUAAGAAGCAUAUUGCUCGAGUCCCUGGUUUCAUAUGGAUUGGCGAGGAUGGCCUGAAAAUCCAGACUUUUGGUAGCCAAAUAUGGGAUACAGCCUUCUUGAUGCAAGUCAUGUUAGAUGCUGAUGUUGACGAUGAAAUUAGAUCAACGCUCGUAAAGGGAUACUCUUACUUGAGGAAAUCUCAGCUUACAGAGAACCCUCCUGGUGAUCAUAUCAAAAUGUUCCGAGACAUAUCAAAAGGUGCUUGGAGUUUUUCAGACAAAGAUCAAGGAUGGCCUGUUAGUGAUUGCAUUUCUGAGAGUUUAAAGUGCUGCCUGAUCUUCGAGAGCAUGCCGUCUGAGUUCAUUGGUGAGAAAAUGGAUGUGGAGAGGCUUUAUGAUGCCAUAAAUAUACUUCUCUACUUGCAGGGCAGUAACGGAGGUAUCUCAAUAUGGGAGUCAGCCCCUGGUAAAACAUGGCUAGAGUGGCUUAAUCCCGUGGAGUUUGUUGAAGAGACAAUCGUGGAGCAUGAGUCUCUAGAAUGCACGGGAUCGGCGAUAGUAGCAUUAGCUCAGUUCAUGAAACAGUUUCCAAGGCAUAGAAGGGAAGAGGUUGAAGGUUUUAUAACCAAGGGAGUGAAAUACAUAGAGGACUUGCAAAUGCCGGAUGGUUCAUGGUAUGGAAAUUGGGGUGUAUGCUUCAUUUAUGCGACCUUCUUUGCGGUUCGAGGUCUAGUGGCUGCAGGGAAGACUUACCAUAACUGUGAGGCGAUUCGUAGAGCGGUUCUGUUCCUUCUCGAGAAACAGAACGUUGAAGGCGGUUGGGGUGAGAGUUAUCUCUCUUGCCCAAACAAGAAAUAUAUUCCUUUGGAUGGAAACAAGACCAAUGUGGUGAAUACAGGACAAGCACUGAUGGUUCUAAUUAUGAGUUGUCAGAUGGAUAGAGAUCCUUUGCCUGUUCAUCGCGCCGCAAAAGUGCUUAUCAAUUCGCAAAUGGAUAACGGUGAUUUCCCACAACAGGAAAUAAGGGGAGCUUACAAGAUGAAUUUGCUGCUGCAUUAUCCAACUUAUAGGAACAUGUUCACUCUUUGGGCACUAACAUAUUACACAAAAGCUCUCCGGAGGAUUUGA